UCAGCGCGGCCAGGCGUGGGGUUGCCCCGGCUCCCGCCAAAUACGAGCGGGAGCCCCCGGGGCGGGACCGGGCCGGACGGGACCGGGUGGGCCGGGGCAGGUUCGGCCGCCGCCGCCGGCGGACUGAGCGGCGGGAGCCGCGGCAGCCGCUGAUGGCAGCCAUGGAGUGCAGAGACAAAGCGGCCGUGCCUCCGCGGAAGCUGGUGCAAGCCCGGCUGCCCUUCAAGCGCCUGAACCCUGUGCCGAAGGACAAGUGCCAGGCGGAUCCAGAAGUGAAGAAAGGGAAGAGCUCCCCAGGUGGCUUUGUUCCCAGUAAGGAUUCCUCCCUGGAUACCUCUCACCCAUCCCUGGACAACCUGGAGAACGACUGCCACUUGGAGUCCGACGUUCAUUUCGCUCCCAAGCUGGUGAAUGGGAAAGGUCCUUUGGACCACUUCAUCCAGAAGAGCACCAGAGAGACCCCAGAGGAUGGCACUCUCAUUGUGGUUGGCCUGAGACAGGACUCUGGCCACGGACUAAGUGAUGACCUGGACCACAGAGGUUGUGACUCCAAAGCAUCUUCAUCCCUAGCUGUGACUAAUGGCACCUUGGGAAAGGAGCUAAGCCAGUUGGGUUGCCCGAAUCCCUCUCCUAGUAAGCCAGGGGAUGAUGAAUCAAUGGAGACUGAUGUGCCAUGUGAAGCUGGAGGGGAUAAAGAUGAGGGUUUGGCUGAUGGGAUCCAGUCACCUUCCAGGUUAAUGAAAUGGGACAACCUGGAAACCCCAAAGGCAAAGCAGAGCCAGCUGAAGGAUGUCAUCUUUGAGGGGAAGAUGCCUGUGGUGCUCCUGGAGGACAUUAUGGCUGCAAAGUCUCCCCAGGGUGCUUCUCUGGAUGGCAGCAUCUCCUCUGGAAACGAGAGCAUGGAAUCAUCCCAGGAAGGAGACUCUGGGCUCAGCAACUCCUCGCUGAGUGCUCGCUCCGGGAGCUCCCCUGAGGUGCAGCCUGCUGCAGAAACAAAGAGGAAUUCCAAUCCCUUAGCUGCCUCCACUCCUGUUAGGAAGGUCUCUCAGAAACUGCCCAAAAGCUCAGCAGAGAAGGAGAAGCUGAGAUUGCAAAGAGACCAGGAGCGGGCGGACAAGCUGCAGAAGCUGCAAGCAGAGAGGGAGGAGAAGGGAAGGCUGAAAGAAGAGGCAAAAGCAGCCAAAGAGCGAGCCAAGGAAGAGGCCAAGAAGAAGAAAGAGGAGGAGAAAGAGCUGAAAGAGAAGGAAAGGAGAGAAAAGAAAGAGAAAGAAGAGAAGGAAAAAGCUGAGAAGCUGAGAGUGAAGGAGGAGAAGCGCAAGGAGAGGCAGGAGGCGUUGGAGGCAAAACUUGAGGAGAAGAGAAAGAGAGAAGAGGAGAAACGGUUAAGAGAGGAGGAAAAGAGAAUUAAUGCUCAGAAAGCAGAGAUCACAAGGUUCUUCCAGAAACCAAAGACUCCCCAAGCCCCAAAGAUCCUCGCUGGCUCCUGCGGGAAGUUUGCCCCGUUCGAGAUCAAGGAGAACAUGGCGCUGGCGCCGCUGUGCCGCGCGGCGCUGGGCCCGGCGGCGCUGGAGCGGCUGGACAGGCUGCUGCGCGCCCAGAGCGCCGAAGCCUCCUUCCUGCGGGAGCUGCAGCGGCGCAGGCCGCGCCGGGCCGCCCCCACCUGCCUCAGCCGCGGCGCUGCCGCCGCCAACAGUGAUGUGGUGGUGGUGGACAGCUGCCAGGCAGAUGCUGUGCCAGAAAGGGGCAAGUUUGGCAGGAUGAAGCUGCUGCAGUUCUGUGAGAACCAUCGUCCUGCCUACUGGGGCACGUGGAACAAGAGAACCUCCCUGAUCCACCCCAGGAAUCCUUGGUCCAAGGACAGUAAACUUCUGGACUAUGAAGUGGAUAGUGAUGAAGAGUGGGAAGAGGAGGAGCCUGGAGAAAGCCUCUCCCAUAGUGAAGGGGAUGAUGAAGAGGAGGGAGAGGAUGAAGAUGAUGAUGAUGGGUUUUUUGUACCCCAUGGGUACCUGUCUGAAGAUGAAGGAGUGACAGAAGAGUGUGAUCCAGAGAACCAGAAGGUUCGUCAGAAGCUGAAGGCCAAGGAGUGGGAUGAGCUGAUGGCCAAGGGGAAGAGGUUCCACAUUCUCCAGCCUGUGAAAAUUGGCUGCAUCUGGGAGAGUGCAGGGGGGGACAGUGGCACAAGCACAGACCUGAAGGUGCUCCAGCAGUUCACAGCCUGUGUCCUGGACUCCCCUGUGGCAGAGGAGGAGCAGCAGAUCCAGAAAUGUGGCAAAAAGAGAGCAAAAGAUCAGCAAAUCCUGGGCCAGCUGCUGCCCCUGCUGCACGGCAAUGUGAACGGCAGCAAAGUGAUCAUCCAGGAAUUCCAGGAAUGCUGCCGGCAAGGACUCUUCAGCGCGGCGGCCUCGGCCCCCCGGGGCGCUGACUGCAGCCCUGCCAGGCCCCAGAGCCCGGCGGGGGAGGACAGCAGGGUGCCCUCCAAAGCCAGGCUAAAGAGGAUCAUCUCUGAGAACUCUGUGUAUGAGAAGAGGCCUGAGUACAGGAUGUGCUGGUAUGUGCAUGCCCAGGUGCUGAAGAGCUUUCAGCAGGAGCACCUCCCUGUCCCCUGCCAGUGGAACUACGUCACCCAAGUGCCUUCUUCAGGGAAGGAGGAGGGGGGCAGCAGCCUGCCAGGGGUGGUGGCCCUGCAGGCCACCCCUGUGGUGGUGAAGAGGAAGGCCACCAGGAGCAUGUCCAUCACCAAGUUCAUGAAGAGGCCUCGAGGUGCAGAGCAGGCUGCAGAGAUGGAUGGAUUUCAGGCAGACACUGAGGAAGAUGAGGAAGAUGAUGACUGCAUGAUUGUGGAUGUACAGCCAGGCAAAGCUUCUACCUUGACACCUCCUGAGCCAGCUCCAGAGCCCAGCACCAGCCCAGCUGCUCUCCAAGCCUCCUCCCCAGGGCUCAGCCCCCCUAAUCCCCUUUGAGACUUCCUCCACCUUACUAACUUCUUUUGGAUGGAUGUAGAAGCAGGUAGAAACCUCUCCAGCUGGGUGUAUCUGUGAGGCAAGGUACUCCAAAGGAUCCCCCCUUUCUUGUAAAGAGAAGACAGCACUUUGUUCUGCUUCAGACCAGAUGGAAGCUUAAAUCCUUUUAG